AUGGAAGGAAGAAACCAAACGCCCAUCGUGGAAUUGAUCCUUGUUGGGUUUGGGAACGACCCUGAACUGCAGCCCCUCCUCUUCCUGCUGUUUCUAGUCAUCUACAUUGUGGCUGUGGCUGGGAACCUCCUCAUCAUUGUGCUAGUGGUGGCUGAUCGGCACCUUCACACCCCCAUGUACUACUUCGUGGCCAACUUGUCCGCUGUGGAGAUCUGCUACGUCUCCACCACCCUGCCCAGGCUGAUUGGCAGUCUGGUGACUGGGGACAGAACCAUUUCUCUUCAGAACUGCAUCGUGCAAUUUCACUUCUAUAUUAUCCUGACCAAUGCAGAAUGCGUGCUGCUCACGGAAAUGUGUAUUGAUCGGUAUCUAGCGAUCUGCCACCCCCUCCGUUACCCCGCUCUGAUGAAUGGCAGGCCUCCCGCGAUCCUGUACAAAAUAUUGUCUGUCACGAGCACAAUCCUGAUACCUUUGAUCAACCCUGUUAUCUACUGCCUGAGAAACAAGGAGGUCCAUCAGGCCCUGAGAAAAGCUGUUCUCCUACUUUCUCAGCUUUUAUCUUUCAUACUAGACAUGUAUAUCAGUAAUGUCCUUCGCUUCACUGAUCUGUACAGGAACACAGGUGCCCAGAGUCGGUAA